AUGACCAGCAUAAUUUCUCAGGCCGAUGAGCGUCAAAAUGCCGGCACCGUCGAGUUAAAGGAUGACACCGUCAUCGUGUUCCCUGCACUUUUCGGCUUGUUCCGCAACAAAUUCCUUCCCAAGGACAUCAAGAUUGUCGGAUAUGCGCGGACGAAGAUGGAGCACGACGAGUACCUCAAGCGUGUACGCUCAUACAUCAAGGUUCCGACCAAGGAUAUUGAAGAACAAUUAGAGCAGUUCUGCCAGCUGUGCACCUACGUUUCGGGCCAAUACGACCAGGAUGACUCGUUCAUCAACCUGAACAAGCACCUCGAGGAGGUCGAGAAGGGUCGGCAAUCCAAGGAACAAAACCGAGUGUUUUACAUGGCCCUGCCCCCCAGUGUCUUCAUCACCGUGUCUGAGCAAUUGAAGCGCAACUGUUACCCCAAGAGCGGUCUCGCCCGCAUUAUUGUGAGUCCCUCGCCCAAUAUCCUGUUUGCCGAGGCACCGCCGCUCAUUCCCCCGCCCCCCACGUCACAGGUCGAGAAGCCCUUCGGUAAGGAUCUUCAGAGUUCGCGGGACCUGCAGAAGGCCCUGGACCCCAACUGGAAGGAAGAGGAGAUUUUCCGGAUCGAUCACUACCUCGGUAAAGAGAUGGUCAAGAACAUCCUCAUCCUGCGAUUUGGCAACGAAUUCUUCAACGCGACAUGGAACCGUCAUCACAUCGACAAUGUUCAGAUCACAUUUAAGGAGCCUUUCGGCACCGAAGGCCGUGGAGGUUACUUUGAUGAGUUUGGCAUCAUCCGUGAUGUCAUGCAAAACCACCUGCUCCAGGUGCUGACCCUGCUCGCCAUGGAGCGGCCCAUCUCGUUCUCCUCCGAGGAUAUCCGUGACGAGAAGGUCCGUGUUCUGCGUGCGAUGGAUGCGAUCGAGCCCAAGAAUGUCAUCAUCGGCCAGUACGGCCGCUCGCUUGAUGGCAGCAAGCCUGGUUACUUGGAGGACGAUACCGUGCCGAAGGAGUCCCGCUGCCCGACCUUCUGUGCCCUGGUGGCCUACAUUAAGAACGAGCGGUGGGAUGGCGUGCCCUUCAUCCUGAAGGCUGGCAAGGCCCUCAAUGAGCAGAAAACCGAGGUCCGCAUCCAGUUCCGCGACGUCACCUCCGGUAUCUUUAAGGAUAUCCCCCGGAACGAGUUGGUCAUCCGUGUCCAGCCCAACGAGUCUGUCUACAUCAAGAUGAACUCCAAGCUGCCCGGUCUGUCUAUGCAGACGGUAGUGACCGAGCUGGACCUGACCUACCGCCGCCGCUUCUCCGACCUCAAGAUCCCCGAGGCCUACGAGUCCCUGAUUCUGGACGCCUUCAAGGGCGACCACUCCAACUUUGUCCGUGAUGAUGAGCUGGAUGCCAGCUGGCGCAUCUUCACCCCGCUUCUGCACUACCUGGAUGACAACAAGGAGAUCAUCCCCAUGGAGUACCCAUACGGCUCCCGUGGCCCCGCCGUCCUCGACGAUUUCACUGCCUCCUACGGCUAUAAGUUCAGUGAUGCCGCCGGCUACCAAUGGCCGGUGACCACCUCCGCCCCCAACCGACUGUAA